CGAUAAACGAGUGUAGUCUGUCGCCUGUUUUCGAACAAUCCGCUACACGCGGCGAAUGUUCCUAAAAAACACGUGUGUCUGUUCGAUUGGGACAAGUGCUCGAAUGAAAGGAACUUAAAAAAUCUAUUUUGUGAGGAAAAUGAAGUACAUUGGAGCUCUAGAUGUUGGGACCACCUCCGUGCGAUUUCACAUCAUCGACGAACAAAUUAACACUGUCGCUUCUUUUGUUGAUAAGAUCCAACUACUGUACCCAAGUCCCGGCCACGUGGAGAUCGACCCCGACGAAUUAUGGAAGACCAUAGUGAACGUAAUCAAGAACGCGUUGAAAAAUAGCGGAGUGAAGCCAGAAUCAAUUGCUUGUCUCGGGAUAUCGACGCAGCGAGGCAGCUUUACGACAUGGAAUUUGAAAGACGGAAAACACUAUCACAAUUUUAUAACAUGGAAAGACGUGCGAGCCGAUUCCAUGGUGAAAGAAUGGAACUCCUCGAUGACCAUGAAGGGGCUGCGAUUGGUAUCGCAAUGUUUGUACACCCUCACCAGAAAAAAGCGAUUUCUGGCGGCUAGUGUUUUUAAAUUCAUGAACACACAGAUGACUCUGAGGUUAUUAUGGGUGUUACAACACGUGCCAGGUUUGCAAGAGGCAACGAAUAACGGAAAUGCUGUUUUCGGAGGCGUUGAUUGCUGGCUUUUGUAUAAACUCACCGGGAAACACGUGACAGACGUAUCCAGCGCAUCGGCCACAGGACUUUUUGACCCGUUCACGAUGAGUUGGUCCAGCUUGAUGAUAAACUUGUUGAAACUUCCGCACAAUAUCUUUCCGGAAGUGCUGGACACGACAGGAAACUUCGGUGUCACUUUCAAAGAGAUAUUUGAUGUUGAAAUUCCUAUACUUUGCUCAAUGGCAGAUCAAUCAGCCUCCCUGUUCGGUUCGGCGGCCAUUCGACCAGGUGAUUUGAAAAUAACUAUGGGAACGGGCACGUUUAUGAACGUUAACACGGGUACUAAACCCCAUGCGUCUAUCUCAGGAUUAUAUCCAAUAGUAGGCUGGCGAAUCAAGGAUGAGCUAGUGUACGCAGCAGAAGGUGCAUCGAAUGAUACAGGAGUUCUUAUAGAAUGGGCAAAACAAAUAGGUAUUAUUAAUCAUGCGGAUGAAGCGGCCAGCAUUGCGAGCUCGGUAAAUCACUCUGAUGGAGUGUGUUUUGUUCCUGCGUUCAGUGGACUGCAGGCUCCAAUAAACGACUACACUGCUGCAACAGGCUUCAUAGGAAUAAAACCAACGACCCAGAGGGCGCACAUUGUUCGAUCAUUACUGGAAAGUAUCGUCUACAGGAUAUUGCUCCUUUAUGAAUCCUUGUGCGAAGAAACAAGCUUCACAUACAGCAGAAUACGAGUCGACGGUGGAGUGUCAAAGAAUAAUUUCAUAUUACAAUUAUUGGCCGAUUUAACAGGCCUUCAGGUGGAACGGGCGACAAACAUAGAAAUGUCUAUAUUGGGAGUAGCUUUCCUAGCUGGUUUACAAUGCGGAAUUUGGGAGAACAAAGAAGAGAUCUUGAAACUUCGAAAAACGGAGACAAUAUUCGAACCAAACGAGGAGAACAGAUUACGAUAUCAGCCGAUAAUUGCAGAGUGGAAACGAGCCUUGCAAAGACUACGCCAGUGGUACUAAAUUGCCACAAAAUUUCAUUUCUAAGAAACAUAUCAUUGUUACUACAUAAAAGAUUUUGUAAGAAUUGUUGUAAAUAAACGUUACCUUUGUUAAAUACA